AUGGAGGAGUCAGACGAGGACGGGGAGGACAAUGAGGAGUUCCUGGAGCGGCUGAUGGCGCAGACGGGCCGGGAGGUGCCACAGCAGGAGCUGGAGGAGCACUAUGCCGUGCUGGAGGAGCUGGGCAGCGGGACCUACGGCCGUGUGGUGCUGACGGAGCCCCGGGAUGGUGGGUCACCGGUAGUCCUCAAGCUGAUGCUGAAGGAGCAGACAGAGCGGCGGGCGUUCCUGCGGGAGUAUUGCAUCGCCCUGUGCCUCUCCAGCCAUGCCACCUGCCUGCGUGCCCUGCCCAUUGCCUUCGAGAGCCACAGGUCAGUGGUGCCGGACAGGGGUCUGUCUAGGUGCUGCAGCAGCCCCUUCAGGGAGGGGGAUGUGUGGUGGGCGACAGUGCUACCCUGCCUGCAGGAGGGCCUGGCGGAGGAGCUGGUGAAGCGCUGUGCAUCCCAGCUGGCCGAGGCGCUGGACUUCAUGCACAGCCGGGCCCUGGUACACCGGGACGUCAAGCUGGACAACGUGCUGCUGUUUGACCAUGAGUGCCGGCGGGUGAAGCUGGGAGACUUCGGGCUUACCCGCGUACAGGGCUCGGCAGUGGGUGCCAUGUCCGGCACCUUGCCCUACUCCCCACCGGAGCUCUGCCUGCUCCAGGGCUCCGACACACUGGAGCUGGACUCCAGCCUGGAUGUCUGGGCCUUUGCUGUCCUGCUCUUCUGCCUCUGCACCGGCUGCUUCCCCUGGGCCGUGGCUGCCAGCUCUGACCCCCAGUUCGAGGACUUCAGUGCCUGGCAGGAUGGCAAGGCGGGGCGGGGGGUGCCUGUGUCCUGGCAAGGCUUUGACUCUGGGGCGCUGGAGAUGCUCCGGCGCUUGAUGACGCUGGACCCCAACCGCCGGAGCCCGGCCAUUGAGGUGCAGAAAUACCUCUCCCUGCCCUGGGUGAUAGCCCCCAGUGCUGGGGAGCCGAAACCAAGCAGCUCCCAGUCCCCCCUUACCAGCGGCUUGGGGGAGAACCUGGGGGGCACUGGGGGACAGGAUACUGCUGGUGGGGGAGAUGGAGUUCCCAUGCACCCCACUAACGCCCUGGCCCCAUGCUGGUAG